AUGCCUGAAGUCAUGCCACCUCCAACUGAAGAUCGGUGGGAACAAAUAGCUCAAGAUUUUUGGAUGUUAUGGAAUUUCCCAAAUUGUUUAGGGACGAUUGAUGGGAAGCAUGUCACUAUUCAAGCUCCUCCAAACAGUGGUUCCAAUUACUAUAAUUAUAAAAAAACAUUUUCACUAGUUCCCGGAACGGUUGAUGUAGGCUCAUAUGGGAAAAAUAGUGAUGGAGGCAUAUUAGCUCACUUAAAUUUAGGAAAAGCCUUGGAAAACAACUCACUGAAAAUUCCAGGAACUAACACCAAAGCGCCGUUUGUUAUAGUUGGAGACAGGCCCGGCGGAAGGCACAGGCAACACAGGCCUAUGCCUGGGGCGGCAUUAUGCUUACGCAAAAACUGA